AGGAGGUCAUGUCCCGCUGCUGUCACUCACAGGAGGAGAAGGAAAGAGUUUACCGCUCUGCCGCGCCGCGUCGCGCCGCUCCGCAGGACCAGCAGAACAGGAGCGGUGCAGUUCGCCUUCCCACCAGCGGCGGCGCUGUGACGACACAGAGCGGAAGUGACGUCGCUAAUGUUUAUCGUCCAAUCAGAGCCGCAGCGGGACGUUUUGAACAGCGAGCUGAAGAUUGUUUUGGUUUUUUUUAUUUCACAUUAUUGAAGUUUAAGACCGUCCCUGUUCCCUGCUGCGUUCUGAUUGGUCAUGGCCGAAGGUCAGACCCAGUCAUCAGCACACCUGGCUGGAGGGGCGGGGCUUCAGGAGGAGGGCGGGGCCAAUCAGGUGAGCGCGUACUGCAAAGAGCUGCUGAUGAGAGGAGGAGAGGAGUUCAGCUUCGAAGAGCUGAGAGCCGAAAGACUCAACCUGAGGACUCAACAGCAGCUGGACGAGAGGCUGCGGCGGCUGGCCCAGGUGAAGGAGCAGCUGAGUCAGGAGCUGGAGUACAAGAGGAAGAUGCUGCUGCUCAGGAGGAGUCAACAGGCUCAGUCUGACUCCGCCUCCUCCUUCACCGUCUACGACGAGUCCGCCGCUGCACGGCCUGCUGGAAAAUCUCCAAACGAGCUCCACGAUGAUGUUUUCCUCCGUCCUGAUGAGAGAAGAUCCGUUCUGCAGGUCCAGCAUCCUCCUCCAGAUCAUCAAAGGGGGACGGCUGAAGACCUCCGUACUCAGGUGGUGUCCCAGAAACCAGCGAAUAAACCCAGAGAGAAGCUGAGCCCCAUAGAGGAGACCAGUUCCCUGUCAGCCGGGGACUGUAGUCCACUGCAGGAGGACAUGGACCAGGACCAGGACAUGAACCAGGUCCAGGACCAGGACCAGGCUGCUGGUGGGGGCCCCGUGGAUCCGUGUGACCCUGACCUGCGGCGGCGCCUGCUGGACCUCAGUGAUGUCACUUCCUCUCCGGACUUCCACUCAGAGUCCCGCCCACUUCCUGCGGUGGAGGAGCGAGCGAGUGUCCAGCUGGGGGGCGUGUCCUUCCUGGUCUACUGCCGCGUCCUGCAGCGAGGCAGCGUCUCCGUCUACCGGGGGGUGUCCGUGUCCUCAGAGCGCUCCGUGGUCCUGUCGGUGGACGGCGGCCGCGUCCCCUGGGACUUCCACCAGUUCCUCCGUCUGAAGCGCAGCUCGCCAGACCCGGACCGCCUCCCCCAGGUCAGCUGCUUCCUGUUCCAGGACGGCUGCAUCACCCUCUACACCUCGCCGCCCAGACACGCCUUCACCGAGGUGUGUGUGUCCUCCGAGGCGUCAGCAGCCUGUAAAGCCGUCAGUCUGCUCCAGCUGGUGUCUCAGCUUCAGUCCUGCAGGCUGCUGCACCUGGACCUCCACCCUCAGGUCCUCACCUGCUGCCCCAGUGGCUCCCGGCCCCUCCCUGACUGGGUGUUCCCGGUGGACUGGUCCUCCUCGGUGGAUCUGGACCUGCAGGAGGUGACGGAGGUGCAGCAGCUGCCAUCUGCUCAGAACUACAUCAGCCAGGGCCUGCUGGCCCCCGGGGCCCCCCCUCACCUGGUGGACCUGGUGGGACUCGCUGAGACCGUCCACCUGCUGCUGACGGGACGCCAGCUGGUGGCGGUGAGGGACGGCGCCGGCUGGGCGGCGGAGCGCUUCGACCGGGCCGAGCCGAGCGAGGCGUCCCUCAGCGAGGACGUGUGGGCGGCGUUCUUCCGCUCGCUGCUGAACGCCGGCGGGCGCUCCCCGGAGUCGGUGCUGUCGGAGCUGACGCAGCAGCUGUCGGAGCUUUACCUCUGAAACUUCUUCUGUUUGUCUCUGUGUUUCUGUUUUCUGGUAAAUAAAUAAAUAAAUGAUGUUUUAAAAGA